GCCAUCGGCUGGCACAGAUCAAGUGGCAACAGCGAUGGUGAUGGUUCUGGCGCUGGUGCGGACGGCCGCGAAGCAGGCUACACGGGGCGUGGGUUGUGCUCCGCAGUUGCAGACCGUGCGCAACUUCGCGUUCCGUUCGCGCCGCAAUGAUGACGAUGAUGACUCAUUCCGCGGUCGCCGUCGCCGCAACCCGGAGGACUUUGAGCCCAAGGCAAAGGACGACGAGGAGACGGGCGACCUGUACGACCCGUACCGCGAGUACAUGGAGACUACGGGUGAGCGUGGCUAUCGGGAGUUUAACCCGGACCAUGUGGAGGACUACAAGCCUGAGUGGAACGAGCCUGCUGCUAUGAUGGAGGACAAAUCGUGGCCCGCCACUACUGGCUCGGACCUGUUCACGGACCUGCUCAACAUCCCGAACGAACCUCCCAGUGGAGAAAAGCUGGACAAGAUCCUUAAGGAGGCCUUCGCUCGCAUGGGCCACACUGGUAACAUUGACGACAUUAAGCUGCCCGAGAUGGACGUGGAGAUUCCCGCUAACCACCCGGACAAGGAGGCACUUGAGAUCAUGAAGCUUUCGAUGAUGAACAAUGGUCGCCUCAAGAUGGACGACAAGAACGACCUUCUUAAGUCCAUCAUUGACGAACUCAACCACCUGCGCAAUGACAAGACUAAGCUGUUCAAGGGCCUCGGUAACGAGGAGGAAGGAGAGCAGAAGAAGUCAAAGAAAAGCAAGAACUAGACUGGUUGUAGCGACGAGGUAUAUAGGUGCAGACCGGUGCAGCGCAAGCGGUCUAGAUGGUAUCUUAUGCAGGUGUCGCCUGCAUAUUUUUUUUUUUUCAAUUCAAUUGUGCUGCAUCGUUUCGUCGAGUACUUUUCGCGGAUAUUUUUCGUAUAAACGGUUUUAUCCAAUCAGAUAUCGUGGUCUCUACUUAUCUACCA